AGCCUUGUGUACUCGACACAUGAGGCUGUGUUGGAAGCUUCGUUGAUUCGUCAAGUACUCGCCGACCACCCUGCGAUGGCUUGCAGUUGCGCUAGCUCGAAGCAAAUUCAAGUCCUGGAUCUCUGUUGCCUUGCACCAGCUCACUUCCUAUACUAAAAGCUUUACGCUCGCUCGUAAUUUGCAGUCAUGGGCAGAGACCCACGAGUCACGCAUUAUCACAGGCCUGUACCAAUAGCGAGAGAAUGGCCACACAAGGACACCUUCCGUGGCGAUAUGACCAUUGGGAGAAGGAACCUUCGAAAUUGAAGGCGCACGAUACACAUGUUCUAUUGUCGAUAUAUGAAGAUAGUUCGGAAGUGAGAGUCGACAAAGAAGCAAUCCGCGAUGAUAAUAUUCCUAAGAUGUGUGAGCGCACAGUGCUACAACCGCCGGACACCAAGUGGUCAUUGCAUUUGCUCGUAACACAUGAGGAUGAUCCUCGCGAGUACGAUGUUCCUGUCCCUUAUUCCUUAGACGCCGUCAAAGCUCUCUACUCAUACUGGAAUAUACCGUAUAACUACGUUCCUAGAUGCACGUCUUUAGACACUAUGAGCAUGAGCUUCUCUCCUGUCAUACUCAAUAGUGCUUGGAAAGGCAUCACGUUGGACUUUCAGUACAUUAUGUCUGUACUGACUUAUGAUACUGCUAACAAACGAGCCUUUGGCGUCUGUUUAUCGAGACGAGCACGAGCUCUUGAACGUGUCAUGCAGCGUCUUGAACAACUUCCCAGUUUCGCAUCGCACCCACUUUUCGCACCAGUUAUCAUGGCUGCCCUUGUGAUACAUGAUAUUCGAGUCGAGACUACAGAUUCGUUUUCGCAUUGCACGAAGGUGCAAGACGAAUUAGGCUACUGGUCAACAGAAUCCGAGGAAAGUGCGAAUGAAGUGUUGGACCUUACUCGGAUACCGCAGUCUUUGAACAAACUCGCAGUCUAUAUUGCAAACCUCGAAUAUGAAAGCUUCUGCAUGGUUCAGGCACUUAGUUGUUUGAGAGAGCAGUUGAAAACGUGGCCCAACGAACUUUGCCCCGGCGUCAGCAUCGAAUUGCAAGAGCAAGUCAAGUUUUUGGAGCAAUGCACUACAAUAUCCUUGGCUACAUGUAAGAGUGGAAAGGAAAACGCUCAAUCUAUGGUUCAAACUAUGUAUGCAAUGCUCCAGCAAAGGGAUAAUCAACUCAACCAUCGCUAUGGUGCCGACAUGCGACUCAUUACCGCCAUUACCCUCAUCUUUCUUCCCGGAACUUUCGUCGCAACCUUCUUCAGUACGACAUUCUGGGACUUCUCUCCCGAUAACAAAGGCACAAAAGUAACUUACUGGGUGUAUUUGUACUUCAUAGUCACAAUAGGGUUGACGCUCUUGGUGCUCGUAGUAUGGAGAAAAUUCAGUGUGCUCAAGCGGUUGGCUGCAAAUAUGGUGCAAGUAAUGCAUCAAAUACCUUUGCUGGGAAAACUGAUGAAGAAGAAACGGGUGGAUGAUGAAGAGCUGGGGAAGAAGGGCGAUUGAGACACUCUUGAUGGAUGUAUUGUAAUUAUGGCGAGGCUCUCUUUUCUACUGUAACCUAAUCAGAAACUCCUCAGUCAUU